AUGGAGAAGACAUCAUUCCACCAGGUCGAAGCCGCCAUCUGCAGGCCAAGCAAAACCGUCCCUCUGAUAGCAGCCUCGUUUUCCUUCGUCUACCAUCUGUCCCUCGCCAUUUUAGCCAACUAUGUCCCUCUCGACCGCGCCGGUGUCGCCGCAACCUUGUGGAUUUACUCAUGGGCGGCAUGCGUGGUCGGAUACUUUGGAUUGAUCGCCGUUGUUGCUAGCCGUCCAAUUCUUACUCGCAACUUCAGCUACCUCCUCUUCCUCGACGCCGCCUUCUCCGCCCUCUGGCGCUUCGCUUUGCUUGAAUGGGUGCUGCGAAACACGUACCGUGACCACUGUGAAGGGCGUGAGCACAGCAAUACUAGUGAUGAUUGCGGGCUGCGGUUCCGCUUCUUGCAUGGUGUAGCUGUGGCCGUGCUGGGCUUGUCGACUUUGGCGGAGGUGUUAUUGGCUAAUAGCGUGAGGAGAUAUGCUUGUGGGCUGAGAGAACGGACGGCGGAUGAGGAGCUGGUUGACGUUGGUGACGCGGUGACGGUCAUGGUCCAGACGGAUCCCAAACGCUGA